CCUGACAGGCAUCAGUGUUUGCUGUUUCGAAAAUGAAACUGGCGAGUGUUUGAGUUCAGCUGGGAAGUCGGAAAAUCGAAAUUAGGACCAAAUCGCAGAAAGAAAUUCCUCAUGUUUGAGUGACCCAGGGGAAGAAGGAGAACCGGACGGUUAGAGCUUUAUGCUGCGGGACGUCAAAGGUGUUUUUUUAUUUUAUUUUUUUGAGAAAGGCAGCUGGAAAUGUGGCCCCCAUUCCCUCCCAUAGCAGGAUGGGUUGCACUACUCUGAUAAGGAUUCUGUAGCAGUGGCUGCCCCGUGAGGCCGAAGCUGCUGUCGCCAUGGCACACUUUGACACGGAGUACCAGCGUCUGGAAGCGUCCUACAGCGACUCUCCUCCUGGAGAGGAGAACCUGCUAAUGCAUGUCGCAGAAGGAGCCAAAUCCCACUGGCACCACAUAGAGAACCUGGAUCUGUUUUUCCAAAGAGUCUAUAACCUCCAUCAGAAAAAUGGAUUCACCUGCAUGCUGUUGGGAGAGCUCUUUGAGUUGGUUCAGUUGCUGUUUGUGGUUUGCUUCACUGUGUUCCUUGCCAACUGUGUGGAUUAUGACGUCCUCUUUGCCAACAAGUUUGUAAACCACACAGAUUCUUCUAAAGUCACUUUGCCAGAUGCGUUGAUUCCUAUGGAUGUUUGCAGUGCUCGUAUUCGAGAUAAUGGAUUUGUGAUCUUUGUCCUGAUCAUCUCCGGGGUAUUUUGGCUCCAUCGCCUGGUCAAAUUCUUCUACAACGUCUGCUGUUACUGGGAGAUCCGAUCCUUCUACAAAAACGCCCUGAAGAUGUCUAUGUCAGAGCUUCCCUACGCAACAUGGCAGGAAGUUCAGGCCAGGAUCAUAGAGAUUCAGAAGGAGCACCAGAUCUGCAUUCACAAGAAGGAACUGACAGAGCUCGACAUUUAUCAUCGCAUCCUCCGCUUUAAAAACUACAUGGUUGCCAUGGUGAAUAAAUCUCUUCUGCCUGUGCGAUUUCGACUUCCUGUUCUCGGAGAAGUUGUGUUUUUCACUCGGGGUCUCAAAUACAACUUUGAGCUCAUCUUCUUUUGGGGCCCAGGCUCUCUUUUUGAGAAUGAGUGGAGUUUAAAGUCAGAGUAUAAGAGAGGAGGAAACAGGCUUGAGCUUGCAGACAGGCUGGCAUCCCGGAUUCUGUGGAUUGGAAUUGCCAAUCUGCUUCUGUGUCCGGUCAUUUUGGUUUGGCAAAUUCUUUAUGCUUUCUUCAGCUAUACUGAGGUGAUCAAGCGAGAGCCCGGUUCUCUUGGGGCAAGAUGUUGGUCUCUCUACGGUCGGUGUUACUUGCGUCAUUUUAACGAGCUGGACCAUGAGCUCAUGUCACGCCUCAGUAAAGGCUACAAGGCUUCCUCUAAGUACAUGAACUGUUUUCUUUCCCCGCUGCUGACAGUUGUUGCCAAAAAUAUUGCGUUUUUUGCUGGAUCUCUUCUGGCCGUUCUCAUUGCUCUGACCAUCUACGAUGAGGAUGUUCUUGCAGUAGAGCAUGUGCUGUCAUCCAUUACUCUGCUUGGAGUGUGUAUCACCAUUUGUCGAUCUUUUAUCCCGGAUAAGCACAUGGUGUUUUGUCCUGAGCAGCUGCUGCGGGUCAUCCUGGCUCACAUUCACUACAUGCCGGACCACUGGCAGGGCAAUGCGCACAGAUAUGAGACGCGAGACCAGUUCUCACAGCUCUUCCAGUACAAGGCAGUGUUUAUUUUAGAAGAGCUGCUAAGUCCUGUGGUGACUCCCAUCAUUCUCAUCUUCUGUCUGAGGAGGAAAUCUCUGGAGAUCAUCGAUUUCUUCAGAAACUUUACUGUAGAAGUUAUUGGAGUCGGAGACACUUGCUCUUUUGCUCAGAUGGACAUUAGGCAGCAUGGACAUCCUGCGUGGAUGUCGGAGGGAAAGACGGAGGCCUCUAUCUACCAACAAGCAGAGGAUGGGAAAACAGAGUUAUCGCUGAUGCACUUUGCCAUCACCAACCCACACUGGCAGCCUCCUCAGGAGACCACACACUUCAUUAGCCAGCUGAAAGAGCGAGUUCACAGAGAGGCUGCAGGGGCCCCUUCUGAAACACAUCCGCUCUCUCUGUCAGAGUCUGAACCAAGGAGCCUUGUAGCAAACCUCUUAGCAGGACCCUCCAGUCUGGCCUCAGUUCAUUUUGGUUGUGACAACUCUUUGAUCAACCAUGCAGUGGCUGGCAGUGAUGGAGCAUCUGCCUUGCGUUCCCUUUCUCCUGUCAGCAGCAGUCUUCAUCUGAGAGGCAGUCUGAGUAUGGCUCAGAGAGCUAGUGGCUUCACUGGCAAAGCAAUGAGUGGUUCAGGAACUGAUGCUCACACUGUAAGCUCAGGCAGCAGUGCAUGGGAGGGCCAGCUUACUAGCAUGGUUUUAUCAGAGUACGCCUCUACUGAGAUGAGCAUUCAUGCACUUUACAUACAUGAGCUCCAUAAACAACAGUCUCGGGGUGAGCUGUCCCGCCACACGUGGCACAGACGAGAGAGCGACGAAAGCAGCGACAGCAUCCCAGACGAAGUAAGAAGCGACCACAAUCCUCAGUCGAAAAGUUUCCCCCGCUCGCACACUUUUCCCACCGUGGUGUCCAGCCCAAGUGCCACUUCAACUUCAGCUAACAGCAGUAAGCCCAAAGGCCAGGAGGAAGAAAAAUCACAGAGUCAGCGGCGCCACAGUGGACCCGCCACAGAUCAUUUCAAUGCGGUGGGAAGACCAGUAAGGGUGGCUCGUGUACCUAUGGGUGGAUGGGCAGUAGAUGGUCAAGCAGCACCAAGACACCACGAGGCUGUGCCUGAAGAGAGUUCUGAGGAUGAAAUGCCUCCUCACAUCCACAAGGUUACGUAACCCAGCCAUUUGUGGCAUACUGUUAACCCAACUCAUCCACAUCCUGGUUCAGAUGUUUCCCAGAACUGACAUUUUUUCUGACAGAGAUAUAUACGUGCAAUGUCUGCCAUCCUUCCAAAACUCAAGUGGGGUAGCCGUCUGUCUACGUUUUUGCAGGAUUGGAAAAUGCAGUUAGCUCAUGUAAUGAUCUUAAUUUUCAUAUCAGCUCUAAUUACUACAGCAUUUCAAGCGGCAGAAAAACCAGACACAUUUUAACAAAGAAAAUCAUGGAGCUUCUAGAAUUGAGGGUACACAGAACUUCUUUUUUUAUUAUUAUUGUUUUGUGUAAAACUGUUAAAAUUAAAUAGGGGCAGGGUAUUGUACACAGCCUGUCCUCUGUCUGUACUUGCUUUUUGCCUCAUCUUUUUCCCCCCAAACAUUUUGGAUGUUUACUGAUAUUAAAUCUACAUGACAUUUGAAUCUGUGGCUGCACUAGUAAAUGUUCUUGGCUGAUUAAUUUAGCUGAAAAUCCUUUGGUGUGGAAAUAUGCUUUUGUAAAAGAUAACUGACACAAAUGUUUUUUUGAUUUUACAUUAAUCACAAAACAGAUCAUGGAUCUAAUACAGGGAUCUCCAAACUUUUAUGCAAGGAGGGCCAGAUUUGGUGAAGUGAAAACGUGUGAGGGCUAACCAAUCAUUCUUUGAAUCCUAUUUUUAGAAUUAAAUGCAAUUGAACUAUUUAAUGAAAAACAGAAUGCCAGAAUUUGACCAAUCACUGUCAAGAAAUCGUACACACAAUUUUUAGAAAGUGUUCGGGGAUCACAUAUAAAUGAUCUCAUGACAGGAGCCUGAGUUCCGAUAAAUUUUUGAACGCGGGCCACAUUUGGCCCACGGGCCGGACUUUGGACAUGCCUGAUCUAAUAAGAUUCACACAACUGUUUGGCUACAUUCUGUGUCCUCUAGUCAAAGAAUUUCAUUUUUAGCUUUUACUUUUACCUUUCAAAGGACUUUUUUCAGUGGUUUGUUUAAAGGUAUUCUUAUGCAUGUCAUUUUAAUUUUGCCACUAGAGCAACUGCAAAUUCAAGUGCAUGAACAUUUGCUCAUUCAUCUAUUUGAAAGAGCCACCCCACGUUCACUUCUUUUAUAAUUACUUGACGUCAGAUUUUAUUUAUAUCAUUCUUUAAGCCAAUUGAUGUUGAUGGAUGUUGUUGAAAAAUUAAGCACUUUAAUGAUUUGUAAAUCAAGAGAAUGCGACUUUACAUUUUAUAUUUUCAAAUACAUAUUUUUAAGUUAUUUUUACCUUAAAAAAGGAGUGUCAUGAUACCCGACAGCUGUGAGUUAAGUAAACUUGGACAGAAAUAGGGAAGCAUUGGUGCAUUUCAUGUAAAGGGAUUUGAUGGUUAAGGAUGCAGUGAUUUAUUUUAUUUUAUUUUUUAAAUAUUAUUGUUUUAUAAAUCCUGUAUGAUGCCAUUUUGUACAGUUGUGAAUUCAUCUAUUAAAUGCACUGCAACUUUG